UUGAUGUGAUGGCGGUUGGUGGGCAUUGUCGGCACAAUGGCGUUAUACUGGCUAGUUGCUUUGGUGCUGGUGGGUGGUAGGAUGGUCGACGGGUCGGCGGAGGUCAUGAGUCAUGUGACUGCGCAUUUUGGGAAGGCUCUGGAGCAAUGCCGUGAGGAAUCCCAGCUGUCCACAGAAGUCCUGGACGAGUUCCACAACUUCUGGCGCGAGGACUUCGAGGUGGUCCACCGCGAGCUGGGCUGCGCCAUCAUGUGCAUGUCCAACAAGUUCUCCCUGUUACAAGACGAUGCCCGCAUGCACCAUGAGAACAUGCAUGACUACGUCAAGAGCUUCCCUCAAGGUGACGUCCUCUCCGCCAAGAUGGUGGAACUGAUCCACAACUGCGAGAAACAAUACGACGACAUAGUUGACGACUGCAGCCGCGUCGUCAAAGUCGCAGCCUGUUUCAAGGUCGACGCGAAGAAGGCUGGCAUCGCGCCCGAGGUCACCAUGAUCGAAGCGGUGCUGGAGAAGUAUUGACCAACGGCAGACGAUGAAUUGAAAAUGAUACUGGUGGAUAGAUAAAGGAG